AUGUCCCCAACUAUUAAGAACCGGCUCUGGAAUCCAGCAUUCGGUAUCAGGUUUUCCCCAGAGGCUGACCACCAGCCACCCUAUCCCUUCUUGGAUAUAAAUCGCUUUGUUCACACGCCUGCCUCCAGCUCCGAGGCCGUGCGGAACGAAGAGGUCGAGAUCGAUGAGUUCAGUGAAGAUGAGGAGUUCGAGCGCGAUGCAGCGGAAUGGUUUGAUCAGCAAGACCGGUUAGAGUUUCCAAUGGUCGAAUCUAUCUCCGAAGGAACUCAGGUUGCGACAGACACAGAUGGAAAUCUGGUUGAUGCUUCGAAGCAGGACGCUGUUACGACAGAGACUAUCACUGUUGCUCCUCCUUUGACUAGCUUGGACUAUGCCCUUGAUGUCGAUCAAUGGGAAGCGGCGCGGAAGUGCAAACAGGGCUCCCAGGAGUCCUUCUGGUCUUACAGGAUGUAUCGUCGUAUCCAGGAAGAUGGUGAGGAACAGAGAGUCAAGGUCCACUAUUGCACCUCCAAGCAGACUAUGGAGUCGGUUUGUCGGCGAUAUUUUGCAGACGAGAAGGUCAUCGGCUUCGAUCUGGAAUGGUUGAUUAGGCAUAGAAAUACUGACCCCCGGGUAAACGUCUCGCUUAUCCAGAUUGCCAGUCCGAGUCGCGUUGCAUUGUUCCAUGUUGCCCUUUACCCCAAAGACGACUUUGUUGCUCCUACCUUCAAGAAGAUUAUGGAAGACGAGAGCGUGACCAAGGUGGGCGUGUGUAUCAAGGGCGAUUGCACGAGAUUAAAGAACAAUCUUGGUAUUGAGAGCAGGGGAGUUCUCGAGCUAUCUCAUCUCUUCAAGCUUGUCAAAUACUCCAAGUCCGGAGAGUUGAAGCGGAUCAACAAGAUCAUGGUGAAUCUUGCUGCACAGACACAAGAAGUUCUAGGCCUCCCGCUCUUCAAGGGGAACGACGUACGAUCAAGCAACUGGAUGCUACCUCUAUCAGAACAGCAAAUAUCAUAUUCUGCUUCGGACGCAUAUGUUGGUCUGCAAUUGUACCACGUCCUGGAGCAAGAACGUUUGAAACUGCAGCCAACCCCCCCUCGGCCUGAAUUUGUUGAGAAGGGCUUGCCUAUCAAAUUCUUGGCGGCUGAUGAUGCUGAUGAAAGCGACGACACUUCGGAGUCUGGCGAUUCCGAGGUAAUUUCUGAUGUCGAAGCUGAAUUGGAUGAAUUGGAAGCCGAAUUUGCGCACACCCCCACGAAAUCAACGACGAGAAAGAUGACAAAGGCGACAAAGGCAACGCCAGAAGAGAAGAAAGAAGUGCACACCAGGGAUCAUCGUGUUAUCGUCGCCGAAGACCACGCAAUGCAAUACCGCAACCAAGAGCAUGUUGUGAGAGUCACAAUGAGUUCUUUACGCGCUUACUUCCUCUGGCACGACAACGAAGGCCUCACACCAGAAUCUAUUGCAGUUCUUUUACGAACUCCUCCUCUGAAAACCAAUACUGUUGUGACCUAUAUUCUGGAUGUUAUUACCAGCGAAAAGUUGCCAUACGAAAAGACGAGGCUUAGGGAGGAAGUGCUGGUACACCUUUCUCCGCAGACACGGUAUUCAAAUAAGUUCCGAGCAUUGGUGGAGGCCACCCAAGAGUCAGAAGAGGAACUAUAG